UUAACCACUUCCCAUCCAGCCCAUGCACAUAAACGGACGGACGGGAGCAGUGCAGGGAUGGAUGGCUGUUUAUAAACAUCCUCCCCGCUUCCCUGCUUGUGCGUGCUCCCUGGGAGCACGCAGCACCGCGAUCCGGCGCCCGCUAUGUCCUCCGGACACAGCGGAACACCGAUUGCUGUACGGGACCCCCUGUGUGAGGUCCCGAUCAUGUGAUCACUGAUUGGCCAAUCAGUGAUCACAUGAAUAGUAGUAAGCAAGAUGUCACUUCUGACAUCAUUGCUUACUACUUGUGAAAUCUGUGAAUGAUCACAGAGAUCACAUGGUAUUCACAACAGCCUUGUACAUUGUGACAAGCUGUGACCAAUAACAGCUUGCACAGUA